GAAAGUUUCUAGGGUACAAAGUCCGCGAUUUGCCUCCCAUCGAGUACCUAAACUUCAUUAGUUUUCAAGGUUGAUGGCAAAGCCAUUUUUUUUUAAUGUGAAGGAAUCACAUCUAACAUGAUUCCUGACUUUUUCUUCCUUCCUUAUCUGUGCAAUGCGCUUCUUUCUCAGGACGGGACCGGCUAGUUCAGGCUAUGCGUCUCUCGCAUAUCGCAGACAUGUCUUGCGACAUGCCUUUUCCACAUCUUGUGCUGCGGCUCGCGGGAAGCCAAAGAAUUGGAAUAAGCAUCCAUCCAAGUUUGAUAACUUUCAAGAUCCAAGGCUUCGACAUGCUCAAGACCGUUUAAAUAAACUGGAAGAAACCAGUGGCAGAAAACUAACCGCGAGGUCGCAGAAAGAAGCGUCUAAGACCUUUGGGAUAUUUCGGAACCUAGUCAUAGGGAGAUUACACCACAUGAUGUCAAAUACGCAUACUUGGGAAAUGAUGCAGCAUGAGUACAAAGCAUUCGGCGUCAAUACCCCUACUGACUUUGACCGCGAGGCAAAGUUAUUUAAGAAUGCCAUUGAUGUGGCUUGCGAUCUUGCGAGCGAGAGAAAUGCUAUUUCCCAGACUGACAACCCCAUCUUCUGGGGCCUACGCAAUGCUUUCGUCCAGAAUGACGUACUGGGCCUCACUGAAGAGUUGGCGUACAGUUUCCAAAACUUUCUUAUGCGAACGAGAUUCCCCAAGAACAUCACCUCCACCCAUAAGAAAAUCGCGGAUUUUAGGUUCCCUUACGAAUGGUUUCCUGCAACGAGGGCUAUGCAGCGCACGAUUCACCUUCACGUCGGCCCGACGAACUCUGGAAAGACUUACAACGCCUUGAAGGCGCUUGAAAACUCCAAGUCCGGUAUCUAUGCUGGCCCGCUUCGACUUCUAGCUCACGAAGUUUAUACUCGCUUCACGUCUAAGGGCAAGAAAUGUGCUCUGAUCACUGGUGAAGAGCAGCGUAUUCCCGAGGGCGAGGACAAUUAUUUCAGAAGUUGUACCGUUGAAAUGACUCCUCUUAAUUUACCAGUCGAUGUUGCAGUUAUCGAUGAAAUCCAAAUGAUCGGAGACGACGAGAGAGGAUGGGCCUGGACGCAAGCGGUCCUGGGCGUACAAGCUAAGGAAGUUCAUCUCUGUGGAGAAGAGCGUGCCGUGGACCUGAUUCAGUCUCUAUGUGCUAGUACGGGCGAUAAAUGCAUUAUACACCGGUACCAGAGGCUCAGCCCGUUACAAGUUAUGAAUACAAAUCUGGAUAAUUACUCGAAUCUUCAAAAGGGAGAUGCUGUGAUCGCGUUCUCCCGAGUUGGCAUCCACGCCAUAAAGAACCAGAUUGAGAAGCUUACGGGACGUCGAUGUGCCAUGGUUUAUGGGUCAUUACCGCCCGAAACUCGCGCUCAGCAAGCCGCGCUGUUCAAUGAUCCCGACAACGACUACGAUUUCCUCGUCGCCAGCGAUGCUAUUGGUAUGGGUCUCAACCUAGAGAUAAAACGGAUCAUCUUUGAACAAACACACAAACGCAUGAAAUACAGCUAUAGGCAAAUAUCAACGUCCGAAAUUAAACAAAUAGGAGGCAGAGCUGGUCGCUACAGAACAGCACGUCAAGCGGCUCUAACAGAGUCGACAACAGACGCAAAAGGAGAUGAGGAAGCUGGAAUCCCGCCACCAGGACCCGCCCAGCCCGGCUUGAUAACAACGCUGGAAAAGGCCGAUCUUCCUAUAGUUCAGAAGGCAUUCAUGUCCGAGCCGGAACCCAUACGGUCGGCCGGCCUACAACCUCCUCCGGCGGUGAUUGAACGAUUUUCAUCGUACUUCCCUCCUAAUACCCCAUUCAGCUACAUCCUUAACCGCUUGCGAGAUAUUGCCCGGAUUUCUCCGAGGUUUCACCUUUGCGGUCUAAAAGACAUGUUGGCGGUUGCUGAUCUGAUCCAACCCUAUCCCAUGUCAGUCUAUGAUCGAUGUGUGUUCCUGAACGCGCCGGUCAAUCUGUCUGAUAAGCAUGGCCCUACAAUAGUGCAAGCUUUCGCAAAGUGCGUCUCUAAUAUGGAAGGAGGCGAGCUCCUCGAUAUCCCAGAGGUCAACUUGGAGCUGCUGGACAUGAGUGAUAGCCAGUUUCAUGGCUCAGGAGAUAUCCUGCGGCAGCUGGAAGGUCUUCACAGGACGAUCACGCUCUAUCUCUGGCUUAGCUAUCGGUAUUCCGGCGUGUUUAGAAGCCAGAACCUUGCGUUCCAUGUGAAGGAGUUGGUAGAAACCCGGAUCGACGCUCAUCUGGCCAAGGUCAGCGUUGAUCUUGCUAAGCGCAGAGCGAGAAUGGAUCAUAUCCGGAAGCAGGCUGAGAUAUCAGAACGUCAUAAAGAAGAAGUUCUUGGUGGAAAUGCUACGAUUGAUGGACCUAAACGUGAAUUAACUAUUGGCGAAUGGAACGAAGAAGGACACGAAGAGCCAUUAUUCCAAGGUCCUGAGGAACUAGAACCUAUUACCCGGUUAGAACCUCAAUCCAAACGCGGAGAUGCCAACCGAAACGCUCAUGGAGGGACAGGUUAGUGGCAUUGUACAAAUACAUGAAAGAAUGUAAGAUAAAUAAUGUACAUACAAUAUGACGGCUGGCAGGGGACUACCUAAAGUCUUACCCAGGUACGGGAUAACUCCAAUCACAUAUAGAUAUCUUAGAUAGAUUGCCUAGGUGGCCUGAUCUAUAGAGUUAGGUACCUUGUAUAUACUGAGAAUGAACAAAAAAAAAACCUUAGAGGUAGGUAGAAUAUCUAUAGGAGGUACCUUAUGUAGGUAGGCUAAUGCAAGUACCUAGUAUAAGCAGCGAGGCAAGUGCUUUGUAAAAUACCUACACCUACAACUUCUACCUUUAGAUAACUUAUUAAAAGUAAUACAAAUGUUGCAUGAACUUCUUUCUCUACCUACCUAGCUUCCGCAUUUCGCUAUUAAUUAUC